GGGACUCAUUUAAAAGCUGGGUGGCGGGCAUUGAACCCAGUGUCGAGGUCAGGGCUCCCCAGCAGCAUGUCCAGAUCAGGCCCAGCCACAGCAUCACUGCAGCCAGGUCUCACCGGGUCCCUGAACCAGGGCCAAGCCCAGACUUAUGGCACUGGUCAGAGCCCCGUGCCCUCAUGGUGCCCUGGCACCCGGGAUCAGACCUACCUGGAUGAACUCAUCAGCAUUCCCAAGGGCGAUGAGCCUGGCUUCAGCUUUAGGAAACUCUGGGCUUUCACGGGUCCCGGCUUCCUCAUGAGCAUCGCCUACCUGGACCCGGGCAACGUGGAGUCGGACCUGCAGUGUGGUGCAGUGGCUGGGUUCAAGCUGCUGUGGGUGCUGCUGUGGGCCACUGUCCUGGGGCUGCUGUGCCAGCGCCUGGCCAUCCGCCUGGGUGUGGUGACAGGGAAGGACCUGGGAGAGAUUUGCUACCUCUAUUACCCCAAGGUGCCCCGCGUGCUGCUCUGGCUCAUGAUUGAGAUCGCCAUCAUUGGCUCUGACAUGCAGGAGGUCAUUGGGACAGCCAUUGCCUUCAGCCUGCUCUCAGCUGGACGCAUCCCCCUCUGGGGUGGGGUCCUCAUUACCAUCGUGGACACCAUCUUCUUCCUCUUCCUUGACAAAUAUGGGCUCCGAAAACUGGAGGCCUUCUUCGGCCUCCUCAUCACCAUCAUGGCCCUGACCUUUGGCUACGAGUACGUGGUGGUGAGGCCAGGGCAGGUGGAGGUGCUGAAGGGCAUUUUCCUGCCCUACUGCCCAGGCUGUGGGCGAGAGGAGCUGCUGCAGGCUGUGGGCAUCAUCGGCGCCAUCAUUAUGCCCCAUAACAUCUUCCUCCACUCCUCCUUGGUCAAGACACGGGCGAUAGACCGGUCCAAGAAGGAGGCGGUGAGGGAGGCCAACAUGUAUUUCCUGACCGAGUCCUGCCUGGCCCUCUUUGUCUCCUUCCUCAUCAACCUCUUCGUCAUGGCUGUCUUCGGCGAGGCUUUCUACCGCCAGCGAAAUGAAGAUGUGCACAACAAGUGCGUCAACAGCAGCGUCAGCCGCUACGCUGGCAUCUUCCCCACCAACAAUGAGACGGUCUCCGUGGAUAUCUACCAGGGGGGUGUCAUCCUGGGCUGCUAUUUUGGGAUGGCAGCGCUGUACAUCUGGGCUAUUGGGAUCCUGGCAGCAGGACAGAGCUCCACGAUGACUGGGACCUAUGCAGGGCAGUUUGUCAUGGAGGGCUUCCUGCAGCUCCGCUGGUCCCGUUUUGCCCGGGUGCUCUUCACCCGCUCCUUUGCCAUCCUGCCCACUGUCUUUGUGGCUGCCUUCAAGGACGUCAGCCACCUCACUGGCAUGAAUGACCUGCUCAACGUCCUCCAGAGCAUUCUGCUGCCCUUUGCUGUCCUGCCCAUCCUCACCUUCACCAGCCUGCGCCCGCUCAUGCAGGACUUCACGAAUGGCCUCCUGGCGAAGGUGCUGAUGACUCUCAUCACGGGGUUGGUCUGUGCCAUUAACGUCUACUUUGUGGUGGACUUUCUGCCCACGCUGCGGGGCUUGGGAUACUACAUUCCCCUGGGCCUGCUGCUGGCUGCCUACAUGGUCUUCCUCGCCUACCUGAUCUGGACGUGCAGCAUCGCACACGGAGCUCGGUUCCUGGCACGGGGUCACCACAGCCGGUUUAGCUUUGGGGUCUCCCUCGGCCCACCGGCUCCAGCAGGGACCCAGUGACGGAUCCCGACUCCCCUGACUGUCCCCCCCAUUACUGUCCCUCCUCCCUGCCCAGCCUGGUCCCCCGCUCGGGGCACCGGAUUGAUCACACACCGAACCUGGGGAUGAUGUUCUAGCCAGAAAUACAACCGACAGGGACGGGGUUAACAGCCAGGCAGACUUUCCUCUCAAUGUUUGAGGCCCCCCAAACAUUCAGGAAUGCUGGUCCAGGCUGGAUGCGGGACAGCGGGAGGUGCCCCCACCCCUUGGCGCGAAUGCGUCAGUGAAGGAGCCGCCCUGGAGACCUCCUCUCCUCAUUAGUGCCGGGAACCGCCGGCCCACGGGACCGCUAAUUACCGCCCGGACCGCUAAUUACCUCCCGGGACCGCUAAGCAUCCCUCCCCGCCCGGGGGCUGCUCGGUUCGAGGGGGAGGGCUGAUAAAUGGCAUAUUUACACCCUGCGUGCCCCCGGGCGGGGACCCCCCCCCGGUGCCGCCC